AACCGGGCCCAUUUUAAUAAAAUAAUCUAUUCGGGACCAAAAAUUCUAAAGCCCUAGAGCUUACCGAAUCGGGUCAAACUAGGCCGGGUUGGAUAAUCAGGCCGGGUCGAGCCGGCUCACUUGACACCGUACUUUCAAGUGGAAAUGAAACGUUUUUGGAAAAUGAAAAGGCAUUGUGCGGUAAAAGGCAUUGUAAAAUGACUAAAUUACCCUUUCAUUUUGAAAAGAGUAGCAUGACGUACUUGAAUUAUUCUACAAAGACAAGGGUCAAAUUGCCUUUUUGCCAAGGGCAGUCUGCUCGUUAACCAAAGAAAUGUUUAAUUAUUUAUUUCUACUCCCCCACUACACUCAAAGCAUAUUUCACUACUCUCAACUACAGGAAUUUUCUCUCAAGAGCAGCAGAAAAUUAAAGGUAAUUUGAUUCGAUAAGAUAAUAUGGGUGGAAGUGCAAUUUUAAGUGAUGAUUGGGAGUUUGCUACCAAUGAAGCUAGGACAGUCGUUUUAAUUGGACGAGCUGGAGAUGGAAAAAGUUCAACAGGCAAUACUAUUCUUGGAAGAAAGGUAUUUAGGUCGAUGCCUCAUUCUGCUGGUGUUACAACUACUUGUGAGGUCCAAAGGACCCAGUUGCCAAACGGCCAAAUACUAGAUGUGAUCGACACACCUGGUUUAUUUGAUUUUUCAGGUGAUUCUGAAACUGUUGGAAAUGAAAUUGUGAAGUGCAUUGAUUUGGCUAAAGAUGGCAUCCAUGGUGUUCUUUUAGUUCUUUCUGUUAGAAGUCGCUUUACCAGAGAACAACAAGCAGCCGUUGAGAGUUUUCAACAUUUCUUUGGUAACAAAAUUAGUGAUUACAUGGUUGUGGUAUUCACUGGUGGUGAUGAUCUUGAAGACAAUGAUGUGACUUUAGAUGAUUACUUGACAGACCGCCCUGAGCCAUUACAGGAAAUUCUUGCUAUGUGUCAAAAUAGGCAUGUGCUUUUUGACAAUAGAUCGAAAGACCCAAUUAAGAAGGCAGAUCAACUGAAAGAGCUUCUUGAACAAGUGAGUUUGGUUGUGGAAAUGAACGGUGGAAAACCUUACACAAACGAUAUUUUCAAGAAAUUGAAGGAUGAAGCUGUGAAUUUUAAUGAUCAGAAAGCAACGGUUGAUUCUUCAGCAAGACAUUCUGAGCAAGAGAAAAAGGAAUUGCAGGACGUGAUGCACAGGUCCCAUGAGGAGCAAAUUAGGCGAAUACAGGAAAUGGUAGAAUCCAAGCUCCGUGAGACCAUGCAAAGGCUAGAGAAGCAAUUAGAGGAGGAACGUGCUGCUAGGCUUGCAGGUGCACAAGAUGCAAAAGAAGCUCAGCAGAAGUCCAAGGAUCAGACUCGGGAGCUGAAAGAUCUACUUGAGAGCUCCCGCAAGGAAACUGAAGAAGCUCGGGAGAAAUCAGAGAAUGAGACUCGAGAGCUGAAACAUCAACUUGAUGACGCCCGUAGGGAAACCAAGGAGCUUCGGGAGAAAGGCUGCAAUAUUUUGUAAGUUGAAAGAUAUGUGAAACUUGUAUGUUUGGAAGUACCUUUAUGUGCUUAUGUUUUGGACUCGUUUGUUGUCUGCCUUUUUCCAUUUUGUGAAACUGAUCACGUGGCUGGAUGAUUUUCAUCAUUUCGUUUAUUCAGUACCAAUGAUCUCUUGGAUGGAUUAUGUUAUUUGUAAGAGCCUAUGUCUCGCUGGCUCUUUACUCUUGACUGAACUUUCUACCUGCCUUUGAAAUGCCAAACUAUGUAGUUUUAUUGUA